UUGGGUAUUCGAUAUCGGAUUGUGCUGUCGGUGCCCAUUUGAAGCACUCACAAAUUGCUAUCGUCAUCGUCAUCAACAACAUCGCUCUUGUUGUUGUUGAUGUUGUUGUUGUCGUCGGCGUGGACAACUUGAACGACGCGUUACCCGUUCGCGCAAAACGUUUAACGCAAUAAACACAAGUGGUUCGGCCGGAUCCGGAAUCCGGAUAGCCGCGCAACGGACAUACUCAGUGGAUGAAGGAGGAGCGCAAUUUAAUUAAGCAAAGUGGAUUAAUUUGCGACUCGUUAGACUAAUUAAGGAUUAUCACCAACAGCAACAAAAGGGUGCAAAAGGUGCCGCUCUAAAAUUAAUCAACAAAAGGAAACAAGAACAAUAAUAACAAAACGUGACCUUUCAGAAGAAAGCAAUAUAUAGAAAGAAAAACAAUAACAACAAAAAGCUCAAAAAGCACAAUCAACCAAUCAGGAAGGAAAAAAAUUUAAUUGGAUUUCUGUUAACCUUGAAUUUUCGGAUACAAUCAACCAUUGGACGCCCCUCGCUGAGCGGCCACAACUCUUUUGAAUUUGCUGCAGACAAGAGCUUGAAAUUGAAAUUGAAUCUCGAUUACAUUUCCUAUAACAAACAUUUCACAAUGAGCUUCGACUUGGACACGAAAUUGAUUUGCACGGAGCUGGAGAGCAGUGACCAUCGAAAGAGAAGUGCAACGUUGCUGCAGCUGCGCGAACAGUGCGAAAAGGCGCCAGAGAGCGUGAGCAGCGAUGCUAUAGCUGCCGAUUUCGAUGAACUGUAUCUGCAUCUGCUCAAGUGUUAUGCCGAUCGCUUUGAGAGCGUGCGCGGACGCGCCGUGCAGGCGGUGAGCGCAUUCCUGGAGCGACUGCCGCCAUUGGACUUUCAUCUGCUGAACGUGGUGUCGACGCUGGCCGAGCGCAUGGGACAGACGGAGACGGUGGAGCCCAGCGAGGAGAUACGUCUGCUCUACAUUGAGCAGCUGCAUUUGAUGUUGCGCAAAUACGCAAAGAUGGGCAAUGUUGGCGUCUUCCGUGAGUGUUAUCCCCAGGUCGUCAAGGUGCUUAUCAAAUCCAUCAAGGAUGACUAUGCCGCCGUGCAACGGAAUGGCUGUGCCACACUUGUCGAAUUGUCGCGUGUGGCAGACACAAUGGAGCUGCGUCCCUUUACCGAAUCCCUGGCCGUGGCCCUGUACACCAUGCUGAAUCAUCGGCACUCGGCGGCACGCAUUUCCGCCGUGGAGGCACUGGGUCGGGUCAGUCUGCACAUGGAUGCCAGCGGCGAGGGUAUGCGCCGCUUGAUCAUGGAGGUGUCGCCGCUGCUCAUGGACUCCAUGCCGCUGGUGCGUCGUGAAUGUGGCCAAAUGGGUGUCCUAAUGCUGCUGGAGCUUCCCGAUCGCUACUCGUACUUCGAGAGAAUCCUGCCGCUAGUGCUUUGUUGCCUGAAGGAUGACUCGCCGGAGGUGCUGACCUUUAUACGUCCGCUCUGGGUGAAGUGCGGCAAUCAGUUUUAUGAUGAAAACGAGGCAGAGCUCUCGCAGCAGGAGAUCUGUGAUCCACAAGUCGAGAACUAUCCGGCAGGUGUGCAGCGUCCAACAAUUGGUUGUCGUGGCCUUGUGCAGCGUUCCCUGCGUCUCCUCCAGCUGAUCACGCGGGAGGCGGGCGACUGGAAGGAUAAUGUGCGUCUCCACUCCCUGAAGCUGCUCUAUCAGUUCGUACUGCACGCCGAGGCAGCCAUGACCGCCAAGUUCUUCGAGAUAUAUGCCCAAGUAUCGCAGGCCUGCUGCGAUCGGGAGCCGGCAGUCAGUGCGGAAGCAAAGAAGGUGGCUGAUCUGUUGGGUCGACUACUGGCAUUUAAUGCCUGGAUUGAGCACGGAUUCGAUGGCCUGGAGCGCAAUGCACGUGAAUCAUUCCUCUCUUGCUUUUACUAUAUGUUUACUGCUGCCUUGGGUGGCACCUAUGAUCAUCUGUUGCGUCUUUGCAAGCUGCUAAAGAGCUCGGACUACUCUCACACAUUGAAGCCAGGUUUCCAAUUAUACAUACUGAAGACACUGGAAACCGUGCUGGACAAGGCCAGUCUGGUUACAGCCUCUAUGGAGCAGCUCCAGGAGCUCUAUGAGAUCAUCUACGUGACCGCCAUGAAGGUAAUGGCAUUAUCCUACUCUCUUGACAGCGAGGCCAACGAGAAUGUUAAUCGCGGCCAGGUGAUCAUCAAGCGUAUCGUGCAGCUAGAAGAGAUUACAAUGGGGCAACUGCAUGAGCGUUGGUUCUCCCUGGUGCUUCUUGAUGUGGAGAACUUGGAUGCGGCACAAGACGAAAACUCCGAGCCAGUAUUGAUGCUAUACGGUCUCAUCCAUCUGGGCAGCAUACGCUCGACCUACUUGACCCAGCUCAUAGAAAAGGUCAAGCUCGUCUUUCAGCAUUGCAGUGACAGUGCUCAGGUGCGCAUCUUCAGCAUCCUAUCGAUAGCAGCGUUAUCCUGGUCUGAAACCGUCCGCGUGGAGCGGGAGCAGAGCACCCAACUCCUGAGCAGCUUUAUCAAUGAAAUUGUAGAGCCUUAUUUGGCCUGGAAGGCGGGUGCAAGUGGGGAAGCCAUGCGUUCCAUGGCCAUGGCUACGUUAUGUGCUUUGGCUCAAGGCGCCAAGGAGGAGGCACGUGAGGUGCUGCCCUCUCUAGCCAAGCACAUGCCCAGUUUGCUGGAGGAUCGCAAUGUGACCACUCGCCAUUAUGCCAUCAAAGCCAUGUGCUACUUUCAGGGCAUGUCCGUGGAGGAACUGAAACCUCUAGCCUAUGCAACAAUGCAGCGCAUGGAUGAUCCCUCGGCAGGCAUACGCGUUAUAGCUGCCACUGCAGUAGGUAAAUUGUGUCCAGUAUUUAAAAGCGAAGAGGAAACAGAGGCAGAGGAGCGACAGCACGAGCGCGAGGUGUGGGAGGCGUUUGUAAAACGAGCUAUGGAUCUCCUACUGCUCUAUAAUGAAAGCCCUGAAAAGGAGAUGCAGGCUGCCACACAGAAAACGCUCAUCGAGCUGGCCAAGAUGCACCCAGAAGCUUGGGAAGAGUGUUAUAAACGCUCUCUGUCCACAGUCCGAAGUAAGGAAGGAUUAGCUGAUCUCUACGCCAAGAUGAACAUAAGGGAUGAGGUACAAGCAGUAAAGGAUUAGAGCAUAAACUUAUGUACAUAUAGAUUUGGAAUUAGUUUUUAGCGAUUUGUAGAUUUUCACAAGAAUUCACAAUUUUUUUUCGGCUGUUAUUGCGUUCCCAUUUGCCCCGUUUGCAUUAAUUGCCCGAUCUGUCGAAUUCUGAGUAGCAAAUUAUUGUAAACACAAUCGCAACUCGCAUCUGAAAGGCAAAAUUUGCAGCUGCGACUGAUGAAAUUGCAUUAAGCAUUAAAGCAUUUCCAAAUCACAAAA